AUGUUGGGGCUCAUAUGGGAAGUGGACGAAGAUAGCGUUCUCGGCAGGUUUUCCUGUUUGGUUACUGAGGUAAAUCUCUUUUUCUUCCAACUGUGCAUCAUCUUCCCUGUGCCUCUCAGAGUUUAUGGCCCCGCGGAAUCCCAGCAAGCGGUAUUUGGGGAUGUGUGCCCCCUGCUUACGUCACUCUUGGACGGGUACAACGUUUGCAUCAUGGCUUACGGACAGACGGGAUGUGGCAAGAGUUAUACCAUGCUGGGCCCACAGUCCACAGGGGAGCCCGUCCCGCCGUGGGAACCGCACAGCGACCUGGGAGUCCUGCCCAGGGCUGCCGGAGAGCUCUUCAGGCUUAUCUCAGAAAACCCGUCAAGGAGCCUAAAGGUUGACGUGUCCAUAGUGGAAGUUUAUAAUAACGACAUUUUUGACCUUCUGGCCAAAGACGGUCGCACAGCAGCGUCUGGGCCCAAGCGUGAGGCGCUGAUCGCCCAGGAGGCAAAGCAGGAGGUCUGUCUGCUGACCCGAGAGCCCGUCCACAGUGCCGCGGAGUUCACGGCGCUCGCUGCUGGGAGCCUGCAGCUCAGGGCGGAGCUGGCCACCUCAGUGCACGCCAAUUCUUCCAGAUCCCACCUGAUAAUAACGGCGACUCUGACCACAGCCCCCGCCUGUGGCAGCCCCGCUGAGCAGCAGGCCAACGGGCCGCGGCCCGAGGGAAGCAGGCGGAGCGCGUCGGGGGGCAGAGCCUGGCCUGGGGCCCUGGGGGCCCAGCGACCCGCGGAGCAGGUGCACGCCAAGCUUCAGCUCGUGGACCUGGCAGGCAGCGAGUGUGUGGGUGUGUCUGGAGUGACAGGAUCGGCCCUGAGGGAGACUUCGUUCAUCAACCGGAGCCUGGCGGCCCUCGCGGAUGUCCUGGGGGCCCUGGCGGAGCGUCGAGGCCACGUCCCGUACCGGAACAGCAAGCUUACCCACUUUCUCCAGGACGUUCUCGGUGGGGACGCGAAGCUGCUGGUGAUCCUGUGCGUGUCCCCCUGCCGGAAGCACGUGGCCGAGACGCUGCGGUGCCUGGGGUUUGGGGCCCGGGCGAGGCAAGUCCAGCGCGGCCAAGCCAGAGGGGGCAGUCCUGCCCCCCGAAAACCCAGGUGACGAAGAAGCGGAGGCCGGGUUGCACGUGGCAAUGGGCUCCCCCCCCCCCCCCAAAACCAGUUUCCUGUUGUCACUUGACGACGUCCGUGCCCGAAAAUGAGCUCAUUUGUUCCGGACUUCCUUCCGCCUGUUUUCAAGGAAACGGCCACACACGCCGACCCGUCAAGGCGGCAGAGACUCCC